AUGCUACUCAAUUAUCAAUCAUUCAAUUUCUCAGCUGCGCAGUAUCGCUGUCGUGGUUACAUUCCUCAGGUUGAAGGAAUAAGUAGAAAGAUGCUACUGGUACUAGUUUUAGAUUUAUAUCUGGAGCUGCUCUCACCCUCACAACAUUCAGAGCCACGCUCGUCUAGCUCUUGUCUAGAUGUCUCACGUAUGGAGGAGGAUUUGCUUUGGCGUCGAUGCGUCAAUUUAGAUUAUUUAGAUUUCUCCUUAGCAGGGACGAGAGCGGGAGCACUAGUAGUUCCAAUUGUUCAAUGGAUUAUUUACGUUGCUCAUUUCGGAUUCCACUUCGAGAAUAGCAAUACUUCUUACCAGAUUUAGAUAAUUUAGAUUAUUUAGAUAAUACUGACGAGCGCCAGGACUUCUCAAGUUUUACGUCUUCUAGCUACCUAGAUGAAAAAGGACUAAAGACACGUACAGCUGGUAGUGGAGAUUUGCCUUUAUUGAGUCUCGCGAUGAACUUACGGCCCGACGACAUCGACAGUAACCACAAUUAAUAUCAGAUGAUGGCGAUUGCUGAUGCAGAAGUUUUAAUAUCACUCAGUUGCAGAUCUAUACGUAAAAGAAGACAGGAGCAGGAACAUGAACAAAGAAUAUACCAUCAGAGCUGGUAUAUCAGAAGCAGUUCACUCGCACCAGGGGUAGCAUUCCGACUUGCCAGAACUGAUCGCCGGGUGAUGGACAUGGACGCGAAGACUCAGCAUUCUGACAUCUAAACUCGUCGGUUCUUGACACAGCGGGUCGGUUUGUGUUCCUUCUUGAGUUGGAUUGAGAGUCUAGGAUCUUCAAGAAGAAACCGAUCGACAACAUAUGAUCAACUGAUAGUGAUUUCCAUCUGGAGCUGGACUCACAUUCAGUUUCAGAGCCACGCUCUAGCGCUUGUCCAGAUGUCUCACGUAUGGUGGGUAGUAGAGUGUAGCAUUUGCUUUUGCGUCGAUGCAUUAAUUUAAAUUAUUGAGAUUUCUCCUUAUCAGGGACGAGGGCGGGAGUACUAGUAGUUCGAACUGUUCAAUGGACUCUUUAGGUUCCUCAGUUCGGAUUCCACUUCAAGAAUAGCAACACUUCUCACUAGAUUUAGAAAAUUUAGAUUAUGGUCUUCUCAAGUUUUACGUCUAGUGAUUUUCGCACUCAUUUCUCUUAGUAACGAUUUUUAUGGGUGGUAUACGUAUCAGAUUCAACCGCUACCUAGAAAAAGUACUACGUAGACGUAGAGCUGGUAGUUGUGGAGACUUGGGUUUAUCGCGUCCCGCGAUGAACUUACCCUCCGAGGACAAUAACCACAAUUAAUAUCAGAUGAUGGCGAUUGCUCCUGACGCAGGAGUUUCAAUAUUACUCAGUUGCAGAUAGAAUAACUUGUAUUUAUAGAACGGAUGUAGGAUGGACUUGGAUUUCGGAGGGACCUACCGAAGUCCUUGGGUCUUACUUGAAAUGCUUAGCGAAGCGGGGAAGUCCAUCCGUUCCAUCCCAUCCUGGAUCGGGCACCCCUAUAGAUUGUUCUAGUAUACGCAACAGACAGAAACAGGAGGAACAAAGAAGAUACCACUACAACCAGCAAAAUGGCAAAGCAGAACGAGCAGUCGCUCGCGCCAGAGGUAGCCAGAACUGAGCGCUCGCCGAGUCAUGGACAUGGCUGAUAGAGACAAGGUGUGAAAACUCACCAUACCGAAAUCUAAAUUGGUCGGUUCUUGACACAACGGGUCGGUUUGUAUUCCUUCUUGAGUUGGAUUGGGAGUCUAGGAUCUUCAAGAAGAAAGGGAUCAACAUAUGAGCAACUGAUACUGAAGAAAUCAACAAAUGGGGACCAUCCUCUGAGAAUAUUAGAUAUGA